AUGUGGCAGUCUGCAUCUUUUAAAAAGGAGAGGGGGUUUUGUCUUCAGCCGGUUCAGUCUUUUUCUUUUUUAGUUGGUUUCUAUGGAGGUGGUUUUCUGAGGUUUGAGCUUCAGUUGUACCUGCUCAGACCAUCCGCUACUAUCCCUCCUCAUUCUCAUGAAGUUCUCUUCGCCGAAACACGCCGCCGCCGCCGUUGUCGCCCCCGCUGCCGGCGGGGGGGGGGGGGGGGGGCGGCGGAUCUCAUCCUCGCUAAAGAAGCCCUCUGCCGCCUCAAACAAAACCUCCCCAUCAGCCACCCUCUUCCCCCCUCCGCCUUAACCCAAGCCCUCCUCCUCGCCUUCCCCUCCCGCCGCGCUACCCUCUCUCUCUUCCUCUCCCUCGCUCUCCACAUUCUCUCCCAGCUCAAUCUGCUCUCCCAAUCCCUAUCCAUCUCCCGCUUCCUCACCUCCCACUUCCCCCUUUCCUCCCUCCUCCCCUCCCUCUCCAGCUCCCUCCCUCUCCUCCGCUCCACCAAACCCCUCAUCUCCCCCUCCCCCACUGCCGUCGACCUGCUCAUAAAAUCCUACUGUUCCUCCUCCCAAAUCCCCCAAGCCCUCUCCGCUCUCUCUCUCGCUAAAUCCCUCGGCUUCCACCCCUCCAUCCUCUCCCACAACUCCAUCCUCCACGCCAUGUUCCGCUCUCGCUCCUCCUCCGAGGCUUCUAUCAAGAAGCUCUUAUCCGACCUCACCCAUUCCGGCGUCUCCCCCAACAUCUUCACUUACAACAUUCUCAUUCGCGGAUUUUGCGCAAAAGGAGAUUUUGACGCCGCCAUUGGUUACUUUGAAGAGAUGAGGAGCUCUGGUUUUUCGCCCAAUGUUGUUACUUACAACACUCUCAUCGAUUGGUACUGCAAGUCGGGUAAGGCAAACAAAGCAGUUGCAUUGUUGGAUGUUAUGCUGGAGAAAGGAGUCAGGCCGAGCUUGAUUACUUAUAAUUCGCUUUUGAACGGGUAUUGCAGGGAGAGGCGAGUGGGGGACGCACGCAAGGUGUUCGAUGAAAUGGCUACGCAGGGAGUGAUGCCAGACGUGAUUAGUUAUAACACAAUUGUGAAUGGGUAUUGCAAGGAGGGGAAUGUACACGGUGCAUUGGUGGUGAUUGAUGAGAUGUGGAAGAAAGGGGUGAAGGGGAAUGUGGUCACAUAUACUUCGGUAAUUUGUGCAAUGUGCAAUGUCGGAAAUCUGAGGAGGGCAAUGGAGAUUGUUCGUAUGAUGCAGGAGAAAGGGAUUCGACCCAACGAGAUCACGUUUACGAGUUUGAUAAGCGGGUUUUCGAAAAAGGGGCUUUUGGAUGAAGCCAUGGAAGUCAUGAAGGAGAUGAAAUGGAGUAGGAUUGAAGCCUCAGUCGUCUGCUACAAUGCUCUGAUCAAUGGGUAUUGUCGUUUGGGAAGAAUGGAAGAGGCUAUGUUGAUCAUUCGCCAUAUGGAGGAGGAAAAAGGAUUAGUGCCUGAUUUGGUGACUUACAGCACAAUACUGAGUGGUUAUUGUAGGAUUGGAGAUGUGGAGAUGGCUUUCAAGUUGCAGAAAGAGAUGGUUGCCAAAGGUGUCUUGCCAGAUGCCAUCGCAUACUCUUCACUGAUUAGGGGGCUUUUGGAGGCGAAAAGGUUGGGCGAUGCAGGCGAGAUGUUUAACGAAAUGAUUAGCUCUGGGCUGAAGCCGGAUGAGCUGACAUUCACAACACUUAUUGAUGGACAUUGUAAAGAAGGUGAGUUGGAGAAGGCUUUUGCUCUUCAUGAUGAAAUGAUAAAGAAUGGUGUUUUUCCUGAUGUGGUUACGUAUUGUGUGCUCAUCAACGGGCUUAAUAAGGCGUCGCGAGCAAAAGAAGCGAGAAGAAUACUUUUUCGGUUGUGCGAUGAGGAAAGGAAUUCGGAUAGAAUCACAUAUGAUGGCCUGAUGAAGAGCUGUGACAGAACAGAGUACAGGAGUGUGGUGUCGCUGAUGAAGAGCUUUUGUAUGAAAGGAUUGAUUGAUGAAGCUGAAAAAGUAUUUGGGUUUAUAAAAGAGAGGAAUUUGAAGCCUGAUGAGGCUGUCUAUAAUGAGAUUAUUUAUGGGCACUGUAAGGUUGGAAAUGUGAGGAAAGCACUGAAAUUGUAUGAGGAAAUGCUGCAGGCUGGUCUUUCUCUCAGUGGGACAAGCAGUAUAGUUUUAAUCAAAGGCCUAUUAAAGGAGGGGAUGAAUGAAGAGAUUAAUGAGGUUAUUGAGCGAUUAUUGAGAAGCUCUUUGGGAACAGAUGCUGAAUCAUAUAAGAUUCUUGCUGAGACAAACCUGAGGGAUGGGAACAUGGAGGCUCUGGUUGGUGUGCUUACUGAGAUGGCAAAGGAUGGCCUUCUUCCAAGAAGUAUAACACUUGGAGCGGAUUGGAGCUGAAACGGGGCGAAACAUAGGCAAACGGGAGUAAAUCGAGGUGCUGCCACCAUGGGAGCGUCUAGGCGAUAGUUUCCGCCUAGAAAACACAGAAGACGGCGCCUAGGCGCCCGAACGAUCGAGGUGUGGUUUCUGCACGUUCCAAGGAGUUAUUUGAUUGAUCUAGACGUUUGGAAAAACACUUUUUGACAUUUCUAAGUCCUGGAAUUCUCCAGGAAGGCCAAGAGGUUGUAGAUAGAAGUGCGAAAUGUAGAUUUUUACCUUUUCUGAAGAGAUUGGUGAGGGGAUUUUUAUAAAUAUCUUUAAGAGAUUGCAUUAGCAUGGUAUGGAUCAACAUGAGACUUUGUUGAAAGGAUUU